AAGAAACUGGAGAGAAUAUGAUUAGAGAGGAUCCUGCGUUUUUUCUUUUUCUUUUUCUUUUUCGAUUUUUUUAUUUUUUUUGGCUGAAAAAAGCCCCAAUUUUCCCCUUUCUUCUCAACCCUAAUUUUCCCAAUUUACCUGUUCUUAUACAACUGUAUUCUGUUUCUUCCUUAUCCUUUCGCGUUAUAUUGUUGAUACGAGAGACUGUGAAGCAACCCUAGUUAGUUUUGGUGGGGAAAAUUAAAUUUUUAAAUGGAUGCUAAGGAUAUUUUGGGAUUACCCAAAAAUGCGUUGCCAAUACAAGAGAAGAAGUCUAAACCUCCGAAAGAAACUCAAAGAAAACCUGAUGGAAUUUCACGCGAGGUUUAUGCACUUACGGGCGGCUUAGCACCUCUCAUGCCUUCCGUUGAUGUGAAUCAAUUGAAACGAAAAGCACAAUCUGAGAAUGAGAAGAUUACAUGGAAAUGGCUUCCCUUUACAAAUUCUGCUAGGAAAGACGACUUACAGCUUUACCACUGGGUUAGAGUUGUAAAUGGUGUUCCGCCUACAGGUGAUUAUUCAUUUGCUAAGUAUAACAAGUCUGUUGACGUGAUCAAGUACACUGACGAGGAGUACGACAAGUACCUGGUGGAUCCUGCAUGGACCAAGGAAGAGACAGAUCGAUUGUUUGAUAUGUGUGAACAGUUUGAUCUCCGCUUCAUUGUGAUUGCUGAUAGAUUUCCAUCAUCAAGAACUGUGGAAGAACUGAAGAAUCGGUUUUACAGUGUAUCUAGAGCUAUCUUGGUUGCUAGGGCUCCGUCUCCUGGUGAUGUUGUUGGGCACUCACUUGUUAAGAAUUUUCAAAUAAUCCAGGAACCUUAUAAUCUUUCUCAAGAGAUUGAACGAAAACGUGCAUUGUCGAUGGUGCUCUCUCACUCGAAGCAGCAGGAGCGCAGAGAUGUUGAGGUUCUUGCUGAGGCGAAAAGAAUAUCUGAUGCCCGGAAGGCUGCGAAGGCUGCAGAAGAGCCUGAGCUUCCUCUCAUGGCAGACACUGGCCAUGAUGUUACUGAUAAGGCUGCUGUUGCUGGCGAUUCCGUCUCUCCUUUUCCAAGCACACAGCUUCCUUCUGCUACUAUACCCAAUCCAGUUUCAGAAACUGCUUCAGUUGUAGCUUCUCUUCGGAUGGUAUGCCAGAAAUCAGAUAUAUUGUGUUAUAUCCUUCUUAAACUUACUUGCUUUUAUCCUCUUGUUUAUUUUGGUUUCACUGCUUGACAAAUUUACGAACAAGCGUAUGCUUCUUUCUGUUCAUCUGCUGUGUUUGUUCAUUAGUAUUCCAUGAUGCAGGACAAUCCUAUUCCAAAUAGGAUUUCUUCUUGUAAUAUUUUUAUCUCUUUUUCUUCUUCUUUAUUUAGAAUACAAUUUAUUUUUCUUUCAUGACUAGAAUAGGAUUUCUUCUUUCUUUCUUGACUACAGCAUGAGUAUCUUGUAUGGUUUUAUGUCCUACAGAAAGAAAACUAAAAUCCUAAAAAGGAAAUAAAUCAUAAUCUAAAAAGAAUGAAGAAAUUCUAUUCUAAUCAACAAAGGAAAAGAAAUCAUAUUCUGAACAAGAAG